UUGUUGACAACAUGGCGGCUGCGGUGGCGGCUGUGGCGGCCGCCCGGGCAGUGAGAGGCGCCGGCGGUGCCGGCGGCGCCGGGAGGACGGAGCCUCUCUCGGGUUAGUUGGGCAGGCCGCUGCGGGAGCCGCCGGCGCUCGCUCCGGCGGGGGGACCGGUCACUGAAUGAGGGGAGCCGGGGCUGCCCCGCGCGAGUCCCCCCGCGCCCUCCGCCCCGACCCGGGCCCCGCCAUGGCCUUCUUCCGGCGGAAAGUGAAAGGCAAAGAACAAGACAAGGCCACAGAUGUAAAGGCAAUUAAAGCUGCAAUACCAGCACAUUCCCCACAAAAGAGCCCUAGAAAUCAUGCCUUACUGGAGGCUGCCGGACCAAGCCAUGUGGCCAUCAAUGCCAUUUCUGCCAACAUGGACUCUUUUUCAAGUAGCAGGACAGCUGCUCUUAAGAAACAGCCCAGUCACAUGGAAGCUGCUCAUUUUGGUGACCUUGGCAGAUCUUGUUUGGACUAUCAGACUCAAGAGACCAAAUCAAGUCUUUCGAAGACCCUUGAACAAGUCCUACAGGACAGUAUUGCCCUUCCUUAUUUUAUCCAGUUUAUGGAACUUCGGAGAAUGGAACAUUUGGUUAAAUUCUGGUUAGAGGCUGAAAGUUUUCGUUCCACAACCUGGUCCCGCAUAAGAGCACACAGUCUGAAUACAGUCAAACAGAGCUCAUUGGCAGAGCCUCUCUCUCCCCGUCCUAAAAGGCACGAAACUACAGCAUCUUUUCCAUCUGAGUUUCUUGACCAGAGGUUAGAGAGUUCUAACACAGUCCAACUGUUGAUGACCAAGUCAAAAGGAACAGAGAUGAAUAAUAGAACUAACAAUGUUCAGAAUCACUCGAUGCCUUCCCAGGGUAGAGACAAUGUCCGUUCUCUCCAUCUUGAAAUGUCCAAGGAGGGGACUCCAGUUUCUAUGGAACAUCAAGACUCUUCCAAACUUACAGUAUCAAAUAGAAACAGUCCUUCUUCCACACUAAAGGAAUUGUCAGGAAAACUCAUGAGAAGUAUAGAACGCGAUGCAGGAGAGUACUUUACCAAAUACAUAUCUCCAGAUGCUGAACCAAUACCUAUAACAGAGGCGAUGAGAAAUGACAUAGUAGCAAAGAUCUGUGGGGAGGAUGGACAGGUGGAUCCCAACUGCUUUAUUUUGGCGCAGUCCGUAGUAUUUCAUGCAAUGGAACAAGAGCACUUUAGUGAGUUUUUACGAAGUCAUCUCUGUAAAUACCAGAUUGAAGUGCUGACCAGUGGAACUGUUUACCUGGCUGACAUUCUCUUCUGUGAAUCAGCCCUGUUUUAUUUCUCAGAGUAUAUGGAAAAGGAAGAUGCCGUGAAUAUCUUACAGUUUUGGUUGGCAGCCGAUAACUUCCAGUCCCAGCUUGCCUCCAAAAAAGGCCAGUAUGAUGGUCAGGAAGCCCAGAACGAUGCCAUGAUCUUAUAUGACAAGUACUUCUCCCUUCAAGCUACACAUCCUCUUGGAUUUGAUGACUUUGUAAGACUAGAAAUUGAAUCCAACAUCUGCAGGGAAGGAGGGCCGCUCCCAAGUUGUUUCACUACUCCAUUGCGUCAGGCCUGGACAACCAUGGAGAAGGUCUUCUUACCUGGCUUCCUGUCCAGUAAUCUUUAUUAUAAAUACUUGAACGACCUUAUCCAUUCAGUACGAGGAGAUGAAUUUCCAGGAGGAAAUGUUGCACUGACGAUUGCUGGCUCUGGGAGCUCUUCUGAUCAUGAGUCUCAUUCAAGUAGUUCAGAUGGCUCUGCUCAGUUCAGUGUGAAGAAGGCCAACAUUAAAAUCCUGAAGAAUUUUGACGAAGCAAUAAUUGUAGAUGCUGCAAGUUUGGAUCCCGAAUCUUUAUAUCAGCGGACAUACGCAGGGAAGAUGACCUUUGGGAGAGUCAGUGACCUGGGGCAGUUCAUCCGAGAAUCUGAACCUGAGCCUGAUGUCAAGAAAUCCAGAGGAUCCAUGUUCUCACAAGCCAUGAAGAAAUGGGUGCAGGGAAAUACUGAUGAGGCCCAAGAAGAGAUGGCUUGGAAGAUAGCAAAGAUGAUAGUCAAUGAUGUGAUGCAGCAGGCGCAGUAUGACUCGCCAUUGGAGAAGUCGACCAAGCUAUGAUUCUAGGUGCGAGAUCAAGGAAAUCUGCUUUUGAAGAUAAGUGAACUUUUUUCCUUUGGUUGGAUUCUACUUUAACACGGCCGAUGAAAACAUGCACUGUACUUUGAUCACUGAUAUUGCCAUCAUUUCCUAAGGAAGAAUUGGGAGCCACCCACAGAAAUCUGCCUGUCACUGCCUGUGUAGCACGCACAGGGGAGAGCUUUAAAGAGACAGCCGGUGGUCUGUGUGUUGUCGCCAGAAGAUUGUGAUGGAUGGACUUCACAACAAGGAGAAGCCAUCUGCGAGAGGUUGUCAGACUCUCGGGAGUAGUCUUGGGCCACUCAUGCUGGGAGGCGUGGGGCCGGCUUAGCACCAGCCGGAUUGCUGAUGUUACUUACGGUAAUAAUCACACAUUCUGAAGGCUGAGUAUGAAUUACAAACUAAAUGUAUUUCCUUCCUUUGCAGAAGCAUUCAUUUUGAAGGAAAGUAACAGGCCAUGAGUGAAGUGACUACACUCUCCUUGCCUUUGGUAGAGGUAUAUAAUUUUUGUGUUUUUACUAGCUUCCGAGAUGCUAAAUAUCUUAAAACCAGUGUUUCACUGGUAGAACUCUGUGUUGCUAACACAAGGCCGAAGGUGCAAUUAAGAAUGCCAUGUGUGAGCAUCAAAGUCUCCCUGUUCUCCAGUUACUACCACUCCCUGUCCAAAAAUACGUGUAGAAGCAGCAACGUAUUUAAAAAUACCAAUUGGCUUAUUGAUUAUACCAUAAUGACUCACUCCAUUCUUUCAUCUUGUGCUGGCCUCGAACUAGAAGGUCUGUUCCCGGAUAGGACUUUUUUUUUUUUUAAGAAGAAAAAUUUUUUUUAAUCAAUUAAUCCUCUUUGGCAGUUGCCCCCACCUCCUGCUUCUGCUGGUAGUUUGGACUUUUGCCACUUGUGACCUUUGUUCUUUUCACUGUCGUUAAGACAAUAAGCAGACUCUGCCGUGUUUCUGCUCAGAACCAUGAAGCAAUUCAGGGCAGCACAGCAUUUGGGUUUCACUCCAUUAUGUUUUUGCUCAUGUUUCCUUGUGAGAUGUUUCUGUUUUGAUGGGGUGGGAAGGGGUGGUUUUUUUGUUUUGUUUUGUUUUUUCCUGUUACUGCUUUUUUGUCAAAGGACUUGGGAAAAAAAUCACUUUAUAAAGAUUAUCAAUCAUCUCCGUUCUUGAGAGUCUUUGAAUGAAUACAGAAUGUUAUUCCAUUGCAAUAUUUGAUUGUAUAGAGACACACUGUGUAUUGUCGACAAGAAGAAGAAACAGAAAGGCUGUGUAUAGGUUUUUGGUACUAUGUACCACCUCUAUUACUCUUCCAAUGCCCAAGUAUUCAUGUACCUAAACCAUAUUCUAUUUAAUUGUGUUUGAUUUAAAAUAUAUAUAAAUAUCCAUAAAAUAUAUUAAAAGAUGUCUCUGUUUUCUGCUUGGAGGGUCAUUUGUGGCCUUUUCAAUAUAUGUGUUAAAACUUGUGAAUGUUUUCAUUUAUUAAAAAAAACCAGACAAUAGGAUUAGGA